AUGUACGAGAAAUUAGAAAAGGGGCAUGCAAAUAGCAGCGAUGGCCUUCGAAUAUUUUCUUUUGAGAAGUCGGCUGGUCUGCAGAUCUUGGAUAAUAUAAGUGUUCGCAAUACAGAUGACGAUAAAAAAGUGGCUUCAAUUGAUCGAAAAAACAUUUCCAAGUUUGCUCUAUCUCCCGAUGCUAAAGUCUUGGUUACUUUUGAAAAUUUUCGGGAGACAAAAGACAAUCCAAACGGGUCUCCCAAUCUUUUUACCUACGACUUGGAGUCUGGCAAAAUACUCGAUUCGCGGAUCCACAUCCCAGCUGAAACAUGGCGUCCGCAAUGGUCUUCGGACAGCAAACUAUGUUUAAGGAUGUUCCAAGGCCAGAUUCAUUUUUACGUUGAUAAUCGCCUGAAUGAAAAGCCGUGCAAAACCCUGACGCUCGCCGGAAUGCGCCAUUGCUCCCUGGCUAAGUCCUCAGUUAAUCGUAAUCUGGCUGUCUACGUUCCCGGUAAAAAGGUACGCUCGUUGACCCUCCCCCUCCCCUCCACGCCCAUCCUCACAUCUCUCACCCACAAUAACCUCGACAUUUGCUCCGGCUGGUUAACUUUUCGGAGCAAAGUCUGUCCAUACCUGUCACUUUCUUGUCCCUCCUAA